GAAUGCUGCGGGACUGGGGAUCCUGGAGCGGUGGGACCCCGCGGGGAGAGGCCGUGAGUGUGGGGUCAAUGUCCCUGGCCCCGGCCGGCCGCGCGUGAGCUCUGGGAUGACCCUGUCUUCAGGGCGGGCUCCUGACCAGCCAGGCCUGGUCUCAACACUCCUUGAAUUUUCGAGAAACCUGACUGAUUGCCUACUAGAUAUGGGCGCUGCCAGAAAUUACUGCUGGAUCCCUCUCCGAUGCACAUGCUCUUCAGGGUUGUUGAACCCCAUGCUGUCCCGAGCCGUUCGAUGGCUUCUGGAGGAUGGUCCCUUCCUUAUCCACAGAACCUAUUGGUCCAAUGACUGACCAUGGGGAUGUGAGCCUCCCACCCCAAGACCGGGUGAGGAUUCUGUCCCAGCUUGGGAGUGCAGUUGAGUUAAACGAAGACAUUCCGCCCCGCCGCUACUACCGUUCUGGUGUGGAGAUUAUCCGCAUGGCCUCCAUUUACUGUGAAGAAGGCAACAUUGAACAUGCCUUUAUCCUCUACAACAAGUACAUCACGCUGUUCAUUGAAAAACUUCCGAAACACCGAGACUACAAAUCAGCUGUCAUUCCUGAGAAGAAAGACGCGCUCAAGAAAUUAAAGAAUGUCGCUUUCCCUAAAGCGGAAGAACUGAAGACAGAACUCUUGAAAAGAUACACCAAAGAAUAUGAGCACUAUAAAGAGCGAAAGAAAAAGGAAGAAGAGGAACUUGCCCGAAAUAUCGCCAUCCAGCAAGAGUUGGAAAAGGAAAAACAGAGAGUUGCCCUGCAGAAGCAGAAGCAGCUAGAGCAGGAGCAAUUCCAUGCCUUUGAGGAGAUGAUCCAGAAGCAGGAGCUGGAAAAAGAGCGGCUAAAAAUUGUUCAAGAGUUCGGGAAGGUGGACCCUGGCCCGUGCGGGCCUCUGCUCCCUGACCUGGAAAAGCCUUGUGUAGAUGUGGCCCCCAGCUCACCUUUCCCGCCCACGCAGACUUCAGACUGUAACACAACCAUGAGACCAGCUAAGCCACCCGUGGUGGACAGGUCCCUGAAACCUGGGGCAUUAAGUGUCAUAGAAAAUGUUCCCACCAUUGAAGGCCUGCGUCACAUUGUGGUGCCCCGCAAUCUGUGCUCGGAAUUUCUCCAGCUUGCCAGUGCCAACACCGCCAAAGGCAUUGAAACCUGUGGAGUCCUCUGUGGAAAACUGAUGAGAAAUGAAUUCACAAUCACGCAUGUUCUCAUCCCCAGACAAAAUGGUGGGCCUGAUUAUUGCCACACGGAGAAUGAAGAAGAAAUUUUCUUUAUGCAGGAUGACCUGGGGCUCCUCACUCUCGGCUGGAUCCAUACUCACCCAACCCAAACAGCCUUUCUGUCCAGUGUGGAUCUGCACACUCACUGCUCCUAUCAAAUGAUGUUACCAGAGUCCAUAGCAAUUGUCUGCUCCCCGAAGUUCCAGGAAACUGGAUUCUUUAAGUUAACUGACUAUGGUCUUCAAGAGAUUUCAACCUGCCGGCAGAAAGGCUUUCACCCCCAUGGCAGAGACCCACCGCUGUUCUGUGACUGUAGCCAUGUCACUGUCAAGGACAGAAUUGUGACGAUCACAGACCUUCGAUAAAUGUCAAUCAUGAACCAGGGAGAAAGAAGGCUCACUGGGUAAAAGCACUUGCUACCAAGCCCAACAGCCCAAGGUCAAUUCCUGGGACCCACAUGGUAGAAGGAGUGUACCAACUUCUCUCAAGUUGUCCUCUAAUCUCCAUUUGUGUACUGUGGUACACACAUACACACACACACACACACACAAAUUAAUUUUAAAAACGAAUAAAUGUAAAUUACAAAAAAGUCCAACCCCCUCCUCUUAAGCUACACAUCCUGUUCAGUUUACUAGCCCCUCCCCCGUGGAGUUAAGUAAGCUUUUAAGACAGAAUAGGAAGAGGUCAACACUGGGGAGAGACUGUUGAUUGUUUUUUAAUUUGAAAUCAUCUUAUUUUUUAAGACAAAUAUGAAAAUGAGCAAAUCACACCAAGCAACUAACUCAAAAAUUAGGAUGCAAGAGAAAGCACCUCUCUAGAUCCAACCACUGGCCUCUGUCCCUCUUGAAAUUUACCUACCGACUUGCUCAUCUCUACCUUUGAACUAAAUAGGGGCAUCUGUGCAAAACUGUGAAGGCCAUUUUGAAGGAUUUGGCUUUUUAGUGUUUGUGGCAUUACUGAGGGAGCUUUUCAUUCUGGUGGGAUGUGCACGAGGAGCUCAUGGCCCCCAGACGCUGACUUUAUUGAAAAGUGUAUUAUUUAAAGGGUUAGGGUGUUGUUUUCUUCUACAAUAAAACAGCUCCUUGUGUUGUGCUCUGGA